AUGCAGGCACUGCAGAGCCGUCUCGAACAACUUGAAAAUGCUACUGGUAGUGAUAUUUGGGAGAUUUUGAAGGCGUCAGAACAAGACCUCCGCCAAGAUUUAUCGACACUCAACACACUGAAAGAAGACAAAGAGAAACGGACAUUGAAAGCGCUGGAAGCUAUAAAAUCGAAGAAAAAAGAGCUGAAAUCAUUGAGAAAUGAGAUAGAAUCACUUCAGAAUGAGUAUAAACAAUAUAUUAUCUCUGUUGAGGAGACACUGAAAUCCAAUGGAUUAGAUAUGAAACAAGUUGUCGGAGUGUUCCAGAAAGUUCUCGAAGAUUCGUUAUCCGAAAAGAAAUCGGCGAUAAUCGCAAUCAUCGAAUCCAUUGAAAUCUCGUCGAAAUCAUCGAUUCAAGAGCUCCGCGAGCCAAUAAAAUCAAUAAAAUCCCUGAUUUCGGAUGAUCAAAAUCAGGUGGAAUUGAGGAAUUCAAUUGAAAAUGAACUCCGAGAUCUCUACGAUUCGUCCAUUGAAAUAUUCCGUUCGAAUCUUUGGUCUCUAUUCCAAAAACAAGGAAUUCCUAUUCAAAAUUUGGAAAAAACGCAGAAUUUUCCGGAUUUCUUAGAAAAAAUCUCUGAAAUUUUCGAAUUUUCGAGUGAUUUAGAUGAGAUUUUGAGUGGAAAUCAUGCUGAAACGACUGGAAAUCUGAUUGGUUCUUCUUUCGGUCAAUUGACUAAUUUGUGUUUGGAUAUGAUUGAGAACGAGAGAGAAAGAGACGCAGACUUUGAGUGGAUUCUGACGAGUGCCACGAAAUGGGCGAAGAAUUUGAAGGAAGUUGUGGAAAAGGGAAUCGAAGGAAUGAGUGGAUUAGAUGAGAAAUACAAGAAGGAGGAGGAGGUGGAAGAGAGGUUUAAUCAGACAUUUUUCCAAUUUAUUGGCAUGAUUACGAAGAAAUUCGUCAAAAAGAAUCUCAAAGACCCAAUGAUCUUCUCCAAACUGGCAAUUCUUCUCCAUCGAUUCGAGGAAUUGUGUGAAUUCGAUAUCUCGAAUAAAGACCUUUUCGAGCCCCUCUACGAGCCAGAAAUCAUCAGUAAAUGGGUUCUAUUAGAAGUGGAACUCUUCACGAUAUCAAUCAAUAAACUGCUGUCCUCCUCAUCCUCAUGUUUCACUCCACUUCCAGCAAUUUUCAUCGGCGGAAAUUCGAAUUCCAGAACUUCUCAAUGGGCAUCUGAAAUUACCGUAUUCCUGGAACAAUGGAUUCAUCGAGUCGAAAAAAAUGUGGAAUCUUUCGGAAAUUCAGAGAUUCAGAUGAUGUUUUACGAGUGUCAACACACACUUUGGAUCGAUUUAUGCGAUAAAAUACGGGCGGUCGCUAAUCGAUUGUAUUCUGAAUCCACGUGGAGCAAUGACGUUUAUUUGGUGAUGAAUUCCGUGUGGGAGUUGAGACGGAUUAUACAGACCCAAACAAUCGCAUGGCCAAUCGGAUCAUUCGAAGUGGAGAGAAUAUACGAGAACGAAUGGAAUCGUCUGAGUGGAAUGAUUGUUGAAUAUCUAAAUGAUCUGAUCGAUUCAAUGGAUCGAGGAAUUCGAUCAUCAUAUCAGGGAGAGAAGAAGAAAUGGAUGAUGGAGACAUUCUAUCAUAUUCAGAAAUGUCUGAAUAAUUGCACUGUGAAGGCGAGCAGACCAUCCAGGAGUCCGUUAAUGAAUGUGCUCACGGAGGAGUUAUUCAAGAAUUUACAGACGAGAUUUGACAAGUGGAAGACGUGUUGUAGCAUCGAAAUACUCGGCUCUCUCUACACUCAAAUCUACUCGAAUCUCCUUCCCCAACUCGACGAAUUCGAACGAAUCGGACACUGGACACGUGGAAAUGCAUCUCGAUCGGAGAUGUGUCGACUCGAUGCUCUCAUGAAAAUGGCGGCGAAUUGUGAUCCAUCCGGGGAAUUGGUUCGUAUUGCAUUCCGAUCGAUUGAUGAGGAGCAAGUGAUCAAAAUGCUCGCAGAGUUGGGAAUUCAUUCGACAAGUGAUCACGCAUUCCAGGAUUAUCAGAUUUUGGCUGAAAAUUGGAACAAGAUUGAGCAGAAACAAUUCGAUUAUGGCGAUUUCUAA